CCUUUCCAAAAAUGUGAGUGGUUGUAGUGUUGACAGUACUAUUUAAUGAUGGCACGGAAUCUGCAAGGUCUUCUUCGCCUUGCUGUUGAAAACUCUGAGGAUGCACCAACAGAAGUCAGAGACCCUAAGGAUGCCGCAUGGUUAAAAGAAGCACUGACGGCACAUACUGUCGAUUUAGGUAAACAAUUAACUGAAGACGUUCAGAGGUUAUCAUCACUUUUAUCAUCAUCGGAGCCUGAUUUAAAUGAAAUGAAGGAAAUUAUGGAAGAUCUAUUAACCUUAACUGAAGACCUAGACCUUUCAAAUGACUUUUCAGUUAUUGGAGGUCAAGAUGUUCUACUUAAAUUGCUGUUUUGUGGACCACAAUCUUUAAGGACAGAUGCACUGCGCUUACUUGCAAAUCUCACACAAAACAAUCCUAAAGCUCAAAGUAUAUACACUCAAAACGGAGUUUUAGCGCGGCUGAUUUUACUCGUUGAAGAAGAAAAUAAUCUUGAAUUCUUAAGGUAUUUGUUUUUGGCUAUUUCAUGUCUUACACGGGGUUAUGCAGCAGGCACUUCAAUUUUUAUGGAAUCCAACGGUAUCAAUCUGCUUCUCAGUGCUCUUAUCAAACAAGCAGAAACUGAAAAAACAGAAGAUCUUCUCCGUCUGGUAGACAGAGGUGCAUUCCUAAUUUAUUGUGUAUUACAAGGAUUGUCUCCUAAUAAUUUGCCAUCUGAUUCUCUGACUAUUGCACACAAGUUAGCAGAUCUCUUGCGUCUUUUGGACCGUCCUCAAGAACAUUUGUUGGCCAGCUUAACAGUACUCUUAUGUCCAUUAGAUACUAGCUCCAGCGACAAAGGAGUUAUUCAUUCUGAAGCAUUCGACAAAUCCUUCGUUGCUUGGCUACAUCGACACUUUGAUGAGCUUAACAAGCUGAAUGAUCCAGCUGAUGAAGAACGAUGCGAGUAUAUAAACCGUUUACUAAAAGUUUUGAAAUGAGAUGAAAUCGAUAUUUUGUGAUAAUAUAUUUCACGUCAUUUCUUUUUCCAUAACUCACUGUUUAUGUACUGAGUGAUUAUUUGGUAGUUCUCUUCAUCAUAAGAAUUUUGCAUUACGCCAUACCAGCUGGGUCAAGUAAAUGCUUACGUCUUAAGGGUGUAUUUGUUUACAAGCCCAGUUAGAUGAAUGUGAAAAAUCGUUAUAUGGAGACCUCCAAGACUAAUAAAUAUUCAGUAAUAUUAAAUAUUAAGUGCCUUGCGACAAGUUUCUAGUUAGGUGAUGAGCGAAGAGCGUAUUACCAACCAUGAGGGUAAACGAGUGGACAGUUUGUUUCCUCAAUGUCGAUCCAGUCAAAUAAUGAGUCUCUAGGAUACAGCUUGUAGGACACAAGAUGGAAAUUUACCAUCUUAAAGACCGCCGUCGCUUACAGCUGUUUGUGCCAAAUAUUCAUACACGUUACAGUCCGAGACUUAUACUUCAGAAUGUUAUUUGGGAUGACCGAAAUCAGGUACAAGAGUCAAGCAAUAGGGCC